GUUAGAGCGAGAUCAGUACAGUCUGCUGUACUGCUCUCGCUAAUGCUGUGUGCACUAUUUCGCCUGUGCAACGCGGCGGGCUUCGUUCCACCGCACAGAAAACAUAUGGGAAGGCACGGCUAAAGUACAUUUCAAACUCUUGUGGCUGAAGUGAAUGUCCCAAUUUUGGCAGCACUUCACCAGCCAACUCACGUAGAGCAACCAAAUAUUCGCUAUCAUCAUUUUCCUCAUCGCCAGUAUUAUCGUUGAACUGGCAUGCCACUUUCGAUGCAAGCACAUCGUGGAUGCAGCUGAAAAUGUGAUUUUUCAUGUCUUCGUUGAACGGUUUGGGUUUUUUUUUCUGACCUUUUUUAUCUCUCGCUCACAUCACCAUUUUCCCAUUUUGUCGCACGGAUGCAUGCAGCGAUUGCCGCCACCACCACCGCUACCGCCGUCGCCCUUUGUUUCAUUAUUAUUAUUCGCAAUCAUUUUAUUUAUGACUUUGUCGAAUUUGUCUCUUUGAGCCUUCGUUUCGUUUCGUUUUUUUUUAUUCUCGGCGCAAAUUCGUUAACACUCGACACACAAAUUUUCUUUUAUUGUACACAGUUUGGAAAAUGCACAAGAACAUCGAGUCUUUCUUUUUAAAUGGCUUCAAAUAAAUAAUUUUCAAUGGUCAAAUGUGUUUGAGCGACGAAAAAAACGUAUUUGUACGAUAUAAGAAUAAGAACAUUUUUAUACACUUCACAUUUUACUGGCUGACGAUGACCUGGAUUUAGAGUUUUUCUGUUGUGUGCUUUGCCAACAUUGAAAUCAGAACAAACCACGGAAAUGGGACAUUAUUUUGGUACAUCUUUUCAUUAGACUGCUUCAAAAAAAAAAAAUUGUCCUCCAUCUGAAAAAUCCGGCCAGUUUCGAAAAAUAUACCUAAAAAAAAAUAGGUUUGGCGCAAAGAACGCAUAUGGGUAUCAUAGAAAUUGGUGAAGCAAUCCCCAUAUCAAAAUUUUCAUGACAGCGUUUUCGAAAGCCAUUUUAGAUCGCUACAUUUCGGCCCAAAUCAUUUUUUCAGCCAAUUUUUGGCAAAAACUGAUGAUGGGAUUUUGUCUGGUUCGUCAAUAUCUACAACUUUAACCGAGACAUUAGCCCUUGAAAAGGCAUUCUGGGCCAGUUACAGUGUAAAAUGACCAAAAAAAUGACAAUUUUUCGGCAUUUUUUACAUUUUUCGUUCUACUGGUCACCCAGGUGGUAGACUUUGGUUCGGUUUUCGACUUGUGUCGUGUAGCCAAAACCUGCACAAAAAUUUUGGUACUUGUCAGAUUGCGAUUUGGAUGGAAUCAUGGAAUUUGGCGACAAUUGAUUCACACAUAUGGGACAAAUUUCAGGCCAAAAUGAGCAAAUCACAAACAUGAGCUUCGGUUUGACAGGUAAAAGCCAAUGAUUUCUACCUUUUAUACCUUUGAACAUCUAGUAUGGUCCUUUACGAACAUUUUGAGUACUUCAUGACCAAAUCGAGUGAUGUUUUCACAUAUUUCUGGCCUCAUAUUCGAUUUCAACUCCCAAAAAAUCGACUUUUAACCAAAAACCGACCUUUUUUGACCUUUUUUAGGGAUGGUGUCUUGGUGCAAUGAUAUUUUUUCUCAAAAAUAUGGGGAUUCGACCCAGACAAAAACUCUCAAAAUUGACUUUUUAAGGUACCUCCCCAACAAAAUAUACGUUUUUCAUGGAUUUUGCUAUGAAAAUAUCAAUUUUUGUUCGGGAGGUACCCCAAAAAUACACUUUUUGGAUGAGUUUCUUAGUGAAAAAUUAUUUUUUUUGAGAAAUAUUGGGAAUUCACUCAUACAGAAGCUCUUAUGAAUGAUUUUUGGGGUACCUCCCGAACAAGUAAGUUAGUUAGAGUUUUUCUCUCCAGUGGCGCUUUUUUAUGACGUUGGACAGAUAUAAUCACAAUCACUCUUAUGCAUAUUUUAUGGCAUGAAAAAACCAUCUGCUGUAAUCAACAAUGUACCAUAGAUGUGCACAUUCCUUCACAAUCAACUGUGAAUUUCCAAACAACUCUUUUAUAUUCCAUGAUUUCGAUUUGAUGUUGAAACGAUGAAUUUGUUUGACAUAUACUUAUCAACAAGUUGAAAUGCGUAUAAUAUCGUUCAAUUAAAUAACGCAAGUUACACCGUUGCAAUCAUUUUGACUGUGCCAUUUUUCAAUACCAGACAAUUUCAAUUGACAAUAUAAUACUGUUGAAGUAUAUUUUUUCGAAAUGGUCAAAAGGUUGGAAUUUCAUAAAUAGUCCAUUAUAUACUGGCAUUUGUAUUCGCACCGUUGCUGUACUUAAUCAGUACUUAUGCUCUAUAUCCAUUGAAAUUUAUUUCGUGUGUACUUUGCGCUAGUUAAUGUUGCCUCUAGUGAGUUGUGUCUUGAGUACAUUCAAAGUAUUGUUGUCAUACAGUGAUGACAGAUCUGAAUGCCUGUACAUUCACAUCGAAUUAAAAUAAAUAAAUUGAAUACAAUAAAUAGAGGAAAUUGUUUUGGCUCAUCAUUUCAUUGUACAUUGCUCUAGUGUGAUAGGUUUUUGAACAAAAUUUAGAAAUCGUUGGCAAAAUGAUCAAAGCGAUUCUCGUUUUUAAUAACCAUGGAAGGCCUAGACUCUCAAAAUUUUAUCAAUACUUUAAUGAAGACAUUCAACAGCAGAUAAUAAAAGAAACAUUCCAGCUGGUGUCCAAGCGAGACGAUAACGUUUGCAAUUUCCUGGAGGGUGGAAGUCUGAUUGGUGGUUCCGAUUACAAAUUAAUCUAUCGACACUAUGCAACGCUGUAUUUUGUGUUUUGUGUUGAUUCAUCUGAGAGUGAGCUGGGCAUUCUUGACCUUAUUCAAGUCUUUGUCGAAACAUUGGACAAAUGUUUUGAAAAUGUUUGUGAACUGGAUUUGAUUUUUCAUGCUGAUGCCGUGCACCAUAUUCUAGCCGAACUUGUGAUGGGUGGAAUGGUGUUACAAACAAACAUGUCUGAUAUUUUAGCACGAAUCGAAGAUCAAAACCGAUUAGUUAAGCAAGAAGCUGGUUUAUCAGCAGCUCCGGCUGCCGUCGUGCAUCAACUAAAGAGCAUGAAUCUACCGCAACAAUUCAAAGACAUGAAACUUCCAGAUCUACCACAAGCGAUCAAGGAUUUAAAAUUUUGACCCAACAACAACUAUCAGAAGUACGAGACAAAGUCAGAUGAUAGUGAAUCGAUUGUACGUUAAAGAGUACUGGUUUUGAGUGGCAACGUUAGCGGCAACUCUUUGUAUAUUCAUAAAUAGAGAAAGAAAAAAAAACGAACCAUAAAUCCAAUUUGUUUUUGUAUUGCAUUUUUUGAUUUAAGCAAAAUAAACGUAAUAUUUAGCACCAAGA